UUUGGGUUGUAGAGGUGGAGCUGGUAUGAGCUGUGCUUUCUUCAGGUAUAUUACUGCUUGCAUCAAGAGAGCGUCCACAAAGAAGAGACUCGCCAAUUAAAACUCGGUAUUCUACGUUUUAUAGCGACCGAUCGAUUGCGUAUCAAAGGGUCCGGCAAUGGCAGCAAGCAAGAGUAAGAACCAGAGCUCCCUGGCCCUGCACAAAGUGAUCAUGGUGGGCAGUGGUGGUGUGGGCAAGUCCGCCCUCACACUGCAGUUCAUGUACGACGAGUUUGUAGAAGACUACGAGCCUACGAAGGCAGACAGCUACAGGAAGAAGGUGGUGCUGGAUGGAGAGGAGGUGCAGAUAGACAUCCUGGACACUGCCGGACAGGAGGACUAUGCAGCUAUCCGGGAUAACUACUUCCGCAGCGGGGAGGGCUUCCUCCUGGUGUUCUCCAUAACGGAGCAUGAAUCCUUCUCCUCCACUGCCGAAUUCAGGGAACAGAUUUUGCGGGUGAAGUCAGAGGAGGAUAAAAUCCCAUUGCUUGUGGUCGGGAACAAGUCAGAUUUGGAAGAGCGGAGACAGGUGAUGGUGGACGAAGCCAGGAGCAAAGCAGAGGAGUGGGGGGUUCAAUAUGUAGAGACAUCCGCCAAGACCAGAGCCAACGUAGACAAGGUCUUCUUUGACCUCAUGAGGGAAGUCAGAGCGAAGAAGAUGUCAGAAAACAAGGACAGAAACGGAAAGGGCAGCAAGAACAAGAAGAAGAGGAGCUUCAAAGAGCGCUGCUGCUUGCUUUGAUCGGACCCAGGAACUUUUCACAGGAACACUGCGAGUCGCCACUAAAAACGAAAGUGUUCAAAAUCAGAACUCCAUUUCUAAUGUCAAGAAAGGAAAAAGAAAUCCGUGUUUUGAAAGUAUUGGUUAUCUGUUAGGUUCCUAACUACACAGAAUCUCUCUUUUCGAAUGUGUGUGUUUUUUGUAAUCAAGUCUAAAUUCCCUCAGUCACAGCAGUGGUAGUGAUUUGCUAUAUAUCUGCAUUGUAAAGCAAGACCCGAGGACGACAACAUGGGUGCGUAUUCUUCUACAUGCUAUUUAGCUGCCCAGCCUGAGCAGUGCCCACCUCGACUCUUUCUUUUUCUUUUUUUGCUGUUCUCAGAAAGAUUCUUAUGAAUCCAGUCAGUUUGCAAUGCAUCGUAUUGUCCAGCGUGAAACAGUGACACAGAUGUGUAGGAAUACAGUUCUAAUUACUGUUUUCAUAUUAAAACACAGUAUCCUUGCGUAUUGUAUGUGGAAAGUCUGGACCAUAAUGGCUAGUUCACAGCUAAAGUCUGCUACCAGGUUUUACUUUAUAAACUGUGAAAUACCACAGCAAUGCCAAUCUUUACAAGUUUAUUUGCAGUAGCACAUAACCAGUUGAAGCAGUAUUUUGGGGGGAAGUGAAUUACGUUGCCAACAAGGACCCACAUGUCGGAGAAGACCAUAUUGUGUUUUUGAUAUGGAGUAUUUGGAAAACUCUGCCAAAUUAAUUCUUACCUUUUGAGAGUGUUGUGUUAAAGCAGUGCUUUAAAGAUUCUUGAACACAUCUGGGUUUAAUCAUGCCCGGGUUCAUUACAGUUCUGAAGAGCUGCUAGAAUCCAUGCCCGGGUUCAUUACAGUUCUGAAGAGCUGCUAGAAUCCAUGCCCGGGUUCAUUAG